UGGUCUAUCUCUCUCCCACUUGUCCAACUAUUCUGGUUUUCCCUCCGUCUUCCUUUUCCUUUGACAUUCCUUCGACAUUCCUUCAAUCUUAAAAGUUUCAUAGACGGAACCAUUAGAGCAUACAGAAACAUCACAAUAUUCACUACUCAGGAUGCUGGCUAUUACACAACACGCUCAUGAGGCGGCGGACCUCACAAUGGCCGUCCUAGGCUGUGGCAGCAUGGGUGUCGCUAUCCUUUCUGGCAUCCUCUCGUCUUUACAGGAGAUGAGCGGCCCACGACCUCUCCAGACCUCUGGCAACUCGACACCAAGAGACGAAGUUCCAUCCCGCUUGCCCUCGCGCUUCAUCGCCUGCGUCCGGCGCCCCGAGUCCGCCAAGCGUGUGAAACAAGCUCUCUGGGAGCACAGUGCUAGCGUCAAGGUCGUUCAGAAAGACAAUGUCGCAGCCGUGAUGAAGGCAGAAGUUAUAUUACUGGCUUGCAAGCCCAACGCCAUUGAGGACCUGCUGAAUGAACCUGGCAUGACUAAAGCUCUGCACGGAAAGCUCCUCAUCAGCAUUUGCGCUGGCGUGACCGUACAGCAGCUGGAGAUCAUUCUGCACGGAGCCGUGCCUGUGAAAGACCCCGAGGUUGACGGCCGGUGUCGUAUCGUCCGUGCUUGUCCCAACACCACUAGCACCGUACGUGAAAGUAUGACUGUUAUCGCAGAUAGCGAGCCCCCGCUGCCGCCCCAGACCUCGAGCCUCGUCACUUGGAUCUUCAAGCGCAUUGGUGACGUCGUCUACCUACCUGCGGCUAAGAUGAACGCAUCUACUGCUCUUUGCGCAUCUGGCCCUGCUUUCUUCUCUCUCAUGUUGGAAGCUGCUAUUGAUGGCGCUGUAGCCAUGGGCCUCCCUAGAGCCGAGGCUACGAGAAUGGCGGCGCAGACGAUGAGAGGUACUGCAGGCUUAGUUCUCAGUGGUGAGCACCCUGCACUUGUGCGCGAGAAAGUUUGUACGCCUGGCGGAUGUUCUAUUGGUGGUCUUCUGGUUUUGGAGGAGGCAGGCGUUCGUGGAACGGUUUCGAAAGCCGUACGAGAGGCUGCCUGCGUGGCGAGCCAGUUAGGCCAAGGUCAACAGGGCGUGAAUGGUACUAAACAUUGAGCAGAGGAGGGAAUGCUUCGAGUAGAUUUAAUGAUGCAUAUAGAUGGAGUUGGCGGUUGAAUUCUUCACACGACGGUUAAUCUUAUGUACUACUGUCAUCAUAUAUUCAGUCUUUGUCCAUGAUUUAUUUAAUACUUGGAAUAAACCAUGCGAUUGCGCAAAUCAUUGUGCUCAUCCCUAGGGACCCCUAAGUUGUGCCGUGCUGCCC